AUGAUCCGUCGGGAGCGGAGGGAAGCCAAGCGGAGAAUGGUGCUACUCUCUCUUCUGGCCUGCUUUCUCUUUCUCACAUUGGUCGCGUUCCGACGACCGAACAGCCUCAUGGGCGAUUACACUCGCCAACCCGCAAACUCAACAGCAUUAGCGCCUUCAAGAACAAACGCCAAAGGGAAGUCAUGGUUCAACGGGAGGCCCAAAUCCACUGGUCCUGUUCUGAGCAAUAGCGCAAGACGUCUCCCCGACAGCAGUCUUGCGGAUCUGAAGAACUCCUCUCUUGGGUUCGAAAAGGUCUUCGUCCUCAAUAUGCCAUCACGAACCGACAAACUUGACGCAAUGAUUCUGGCGGCCUCUGUAACGGGCUUCGAAUUUGAUGUCCUCGAGGGUGUUCAAGGAGAUUCUAUCUCGAAAAAAGCUCUGUCUGGUAAAUGGGAGAACAGACCUGGUAUUGAAGGCGUCGUGGGCUGCUGGCGUGGACAUAUGAAUUUUGCCAAAGAGAUCGUCAGCAGACGCUUGUCAUCAGCCAUCAUCAUCGAAGAUGAUGCCGACUGGGAUUUUAACCUCCGAUCUAUCAUGGAGUACAUUGCUCUCGGCAGCCAAGCGCUCCUUGAUACGCCCCAAGACGAAGCCCCUCGCUCACCUUAUGGUGACGGCUGGGACUUGAUGUGGUUCGGCCAUUGUGCAUCUUCCUCCAUCAAAGGAGAUGACCGGCGAUUCAUCAUUAAAAACGACCCCAACGUACCCCCACGACAACACCGUGCGAAUUAUGGAGACAUACCGGAUAUGUCUGCCUACGACGACAACACUAGGAUAAUGUUCUUCACCGCUGGGAACACCUGCACCUACUCUUAUGCUCUCUCAUACCACGGGGCUGCCAAGGUCCUGAAGUAUCUCUCCAUGGAUAUCUUCAACAAGCCCAUCGAUUUCGGCCUUCGUGAGAUGUGUGAAAAGAAGGACCGAGGCUUUCGAUGCAUAAGCGUCUUCCCGCAGAUCUUCGGCGAACACAAGCCUGCUGGAGCUAACGAGAGAGACUCGGAUAUAGAUCCACAGAAUCGGUCUAGCGUCAGGAUUAAAGGCUACUCACACAAUACUGUCCACAGCACGAGACUGAACGUGGAGCAUUUGAUUGAUGGGCGAAUGGACUUGCUGGAGAAUCAGUACGGCGAAGAUCCCCACCUGGAAGGACCUAUCGUUACAGAAUACCGGACGGGUGUAGAGGAGCAGAUACCGGGCAGUUGA